AUGGGAGUUGCUGGCACCUUGGAGUACUUGGCUGAAGUACUGAGCAGUACCAGGAGGCGCAAGAAGAGGAAGCAGCUAAAUACUGUAUCUCUCAAAGUCAGGAUGGACUGUGAAGGCUGUGUGCGUAAAGUCAAGAACACACUCAAGUCAGUCAAAGGAGUGAAAUCCGUGGAUGUGGACUUGAAGCAACAAAAGGCCACAGUAACAGGGUACGUUGAAGCCAAAAAAGUGUUGAAGGCGGCUCAGUCAACUGGGAAAAAGGCUGAACCAUGGCCUUAUGUUCCAUACACAAUGGUGGCCCAUCCUUACGUUGCACAAGUUUAUGACAAGAAGGCACCUCCAAAUUUUGUGAGGAAGACUGAAGACCCAGCCAUUGUCAAUCUAAAUCCAGUGGAAGAACAGUACACCCUUAUGUUCAGUGAUGAAAACCCACAUUCCUGCUCUGUCAUGUAGAUACAAGUAUUGAACCCUCCAAGUUUUCUUUUUGUUUGUUUGUUUGUUACAGUUAUACUGCAUUGCGGAGUGAAUUAGCACCCUAGUUUUGUAUACAAUGGAAGCAGUUUUGUUACUACUAAGGUAGAAGAUGUGUAGAUCACUUGGAGUUUGUAAAAGCAAUUAAGGUAGA